AAACGUCCAGCACUGAUCUGUUGCCCCGUUGAGUCCAUAAACGUUGCGGAAAUAAAACACCAUAUAUGCUAUAGACUAUAAGCUAUAUGCUAUAAGCUAUAUAUGCUAUAAGCUAUAUGCUUUAAGCUAUAUGCCGUAUGCUACACAUCAGUGCAGAGAUACGGCGGUCGAGUAGUGCGAUUAGCAACGACUUGUCGCCGGCAAAAAAGUGAGAAGAGCCGAAACAAGUUUGCCUCGAUUUUUGUACACCUAGAUCUCGCUAGAGAGCAUGGCGAAAGCCGGCUGGGCAUAAAAAUUAAAUUAAUAUAAUUUCGAGAGAAUGCCGCCAUGCAGCAGCGAUCUCGAGUGUGUGUGAGUGCUUCAAUUAAAUUCAAUAAAUCAUAAAUAAGUGAGUGCCAACGGAUCCUGUUUUAGUGGUGUGGCUCUGUGGCGCAAUUGUGUGAUUUAUUGCCCUCAGAGGAGCCGCGGUCCAUUCGAGUGAAAUUACCAAAUUAAGAAAUUACGAAAUUGCGAAAUUUCGAAUGCGAAAACUUAAUUUUCAUGACUUCCAAUGAAUGCUGAAUCGACAAUGUGCCGUCUCAUAUUCCUUGCCCUCUGCCUCUUGGCUGUGACCUCUCACAUCGAAGCAUUCAAUUUUAUGCCGCGACCCAGUCGAGUGAUAAACUCCCCGAAGCAUCUGAAGUUCCACAAAAACCAGACGCGCAGCUCCUACUUUGGAUACACGCUCGUCAUCCGACCGACCAGCAUCAUUGUGGGAGCGCCUAGAGCUCAAUCCACCUUGGAAUCGCAACGCAACAUCAACGAAACGGGAGCGAUCUACAGGUGCUCCCUGACCAACAGUGUCUGCAGUCCGUAUGUCCUGGAUUCCCGUGGCAAUGUGGAUGCGCCCUACAAUGAGUACACACUGGACUCGGAGCGCAAGGACUUUCAGUGGCUGGGCGGCUCGAUGGACGGCGGCCCCAAGGACACGGACAAGCUCCUCGUGUGUGCCCCUCGGUUCUACGCGCCCAGUCCGCGGGACAACCAUCUGCAUGGAGUGUGCUACUGGGUGCAGAAUACGGUGGCCAGCACUCCGCAACAUGUUACCCGCAUCUCUCCACUCCGCCUGAAAUCUGAUCAGGUGCGGGAAGAGGAUAAGGACAACAAGGCUAGCUUCUUCUACAUCAUGGGCGAACUGGGAUUGAGCGCCCAUGUGGCGGACGACAAUACCAAGUUCCUUAUUGGAGCACCCGGCAUCAAUACGUGGAGGGGAUCGGUGAUUCUGUACCGGCAAGUGGACCCAGUGGACAACCCCAGCGCCAGCAGACGUGACACGGGCAAGGCGCUGCGACGAACGCUGCGCGAUGUGGACACCAACGAAUAUACGCCGGAACACUAUGCACCUGAGAUCCCGAACCCGGCGCAUUGGGGCCAGGAAGAAGACUCUUACUUCGGCUAUGCCGUGAGCUCUGGCUUCUUCGACAGCUCCGAUCCCACCAAGCUGCUCUAUGUGGCCACCGCUCCCCAGGCCAACAAACAGUCCGGUGAGGCGUACAUUUUCGAUGUCCGGGGCAAGGGCAUACAGAAGUACCACGUGUUCCGCGGCGAGCAGUUUGGCGAAUACUUUGGCUACUCCGUUUUGGCGGAAGAUCUCAAUGGAGAUGGAAAAACGGACGUCAUCGUAUCAGCGCCACAGCACGCUCUGGAGGAUUCCCAUGACAAUGGAGCCAUCUACGUGUUCAUCAACAAAGGCUUUUUCAACUUCGAACGACAGAUUUUGCGCUCGCCAGUGGAGACUAAGGCGCGUUUCGGCACUACUCUAUCCCGUCUAGGAGAUAUUAAUCACGAUGGGUACAAUGAUGUUGCAGUUGGAGCUCCCUUUGCUGGCAAUGGUUCGGUGUUCAUCUACUUGGGCAGCGAAAACGGAUUGCGGGAUGAGCCGAGUCAGCGACUGAAUGCUCCUUCCCAGAAGCCCGCCAAGUACGGAUCGCACAUGUUCGGCCACGGGCUGUCCCGUGGAUCCGACAUAGAUGGCAACGGAUUCAACGACUUCGCGAUCGGUGCUCCAAACGAGGAGGCAGUGUAUCUGUAUCGCGCCUAUCCAGUCGUUAAGGUGCACGCCACUGUAAAAUCCGAGUCUCGGGAGAUCAAACCGGAGCAGGAGAAGGUGAAGAUCACCGCCUGCUACAAGCUGAGUACUACUUCCACCGCCAAGGAGGUACAGGAACAGGAACUGGCCAUCCGCAUCGUCAUGGACAAACAGCUGAAGCGGGUUAAGUUCACCCAGACGCAGACCAAUGAGAUGAGCUUCAAGGCGAAUGCGAAUCUCGGCGAGCAGUGCCGCGUCUACGAGACCCAGGUGCGCUACAGCGAGAAGGACAUUUUCACUCCCAUCGAUCUGGAGAUGCACUACGAACUGACCAAGAAAGUUCCCGACUCCGAGGAAUUCUGCGAAACGUGUGCGGUCGUCGAUCCGCAGGAACCAAAGGUUUCCACUCAGAAGAUCAUCUUCAGCACGGGCUGUGCCACCGAUGUUUGCACUGCUGAUCUGCAGCUGAGGAGCAAGAAUGUGAGCCCCAAUUAUAUUUUGGGCAGUGCCGACACACUGCGCCUGAACUACGAGAUCACAAACGUGGGAGAGACCGCCUACCUGCCCCAAUUCAAUGUGACCAGCACUUCCCGCCUGGCCUUCGCCCAGGUGCCUGGAAACUGCAAGGUGGCCGAUGCGGUCAUGGUGUGCGAUUUGAACCGCGGACGACCCCUGGCCAAAGGUGACUCCGACUCCGUGGCCAUCAGCUUCGAUGUGAGCCAACUCAGCGGACAGUCGCUGAUCAUCCACGCAGAAGUAUUUAGUACGGGAUACGAGAAGAAUCCCACGGACAACAAGCAGACCAAUGUGAUCGGUCUGAAGGAGUUCACCGAAAUCGAUGCCAGCGGUGGCCAAACGAACAAUCAAAUCGACUUGGAGCACUACAGUAACUCCGCGGAAAUUGUCAACAACUACGAGAUCAAGAGCAAUGGGCCCAGUGUAAUCGAGCAGUUGACGGUGUCCUUCUACAUACCCAUUGCCUACAAGGUGGCUGGCUCCACUGCCAUUAUACCGAUCAUCAAUGUGACCAGCCUGAAGAUGCAGGCCUCCUACGACUCCCAGCUGCUGGGCAUCGAUCUGUACGACCAGAACAAUACCCUGCUCAUCGUGGAUCCCGUUGAGGUGGUCACCACGCUGAGUGGCGGCUUGGAGCGGACCGUGAUCACCCAGAACAGGCAGAGCUACGACAUCCACACCAGUGGGCAUGUGCACCAGACCUUGGAGAUUCUCGAUACGGAUAGGGUGGCCACAGCUUCCAUGUCCCGAAAGCGACGCGACCUCAAGGCCUUGACCGCCAAUCGGGAGCAGUAUGCUCGCAUCUCGAAUGUCAAGGCACACGAUCUGCUGAGCGAAGACUUUAAGGGUCAGCUGCCCGUGAAUCGCACCAUUGUGUUCAACUGCCGGGAUCCCGAGAUGACCAUCUGUGUCCGAGCCGAGAUGCGAGUGCACUUUAGGCCAGAGAAAUCGAUUAACCUGAACGUGCGCUACAGUGUGGAUCUGAAUGAAGUUAACGCCAUAUUAAUGGAUCCCUGGGAGUACUUUGUCAUCCUGACCGACCUGCGUCUGCAGAAGAAGGGCGAUCCCACCUCCACUUCAUUUUCGAUCAAUCAAAGAAUCGAACCGAACAUUAUAUCCAAGCAUCUGGAGGCGGGACUGCCCAUCUGGAUCAUCAUUGUGUCCGUAAUCGGUGGCUUGCUGCUGCUCUCUGCGAUAAGCUAUUUGCUAUACAAGUUUGGCUUCUUCAAUCGGGCCAAGAAGGACGAGCUGGACCGACUGGUGCAGCAGAAUCCCGUCGAGCCUGAGGCAGAGAACCUCAACAGCGGCGGAAACAACUAGAUCUUGCACUGCGAUUUUCUAGGCGCACACAUCACAUUCAAAAUGGAUGGAACCAGUUACCAAAUCCUAUUUUCACAACGCGAAGACUAUCCACUAAAUGUGUUCUCAUGCAUUUAAGAAAGGAACGAAAGCAGCAGGAGAAAAUUACGAACUACAGGACAUUCAAUGUUUCUCUUGGUUUGAACUAUAGUGGCAGCGGAAAAGUGCCUUUUAGUUUUUAGGUUACCUCUUAUUUAUACGAGAGUUUCAUGUGUGCUGUACCAGCCAUAUUGCCAUUUGUUGUAUAUAUUUAUUAAACAUUUUUAUACCCGUUACUAGCAAAGUGUGCAAUAUGUUACGAGAAGAGUAUGCAUCAGGAAAUGUUAUAUGAUAAUAUAAAAUAUAUAUAUAAUCGUGAUUAGGAUUACCUUCCAAGUUCCGUCUGUUGGUCCGCACGAACGGCGAAUUCAUGCCCACAGUUUUAAGUAUCUAGAAUAUUUAAUUGAAAUCAUAGGUAUGAGGAAAAUAGAUAAGUUAGCACUUAACCUGGCGCCAUUUAUAUAUAAAUGCACAUCCUUAGAUGAGUAACGGGUAUCUGAUAGUCGAGACACUCGACUUAAACGGUCCCUUUUGUUAAUAAAUGAUAAUUGUAAUAAAUUUGUAAAGGUAGCUUUACAGGGCGACGUGAAAGACUUUAUUAAUGUAUAAAUUGUAAAAACGAAGCUAGGAUAUUUAGGAACUUAACAGCUGGUAUAACAAGUAUUCCUGUAUUAUAUUAGAGUAUUAAAAUGAUGAAGAAUAAAUAAAAGUUUAAAACAAAA